AUGAUCUGUCUAUCGCCACCAAGCCUCGAGGCCAUUCCCGAAGACAGCUCCUUCACCCCGCCGUCGACUCCCCCACUCACGCCGCUCCGCACCCCCCCAGACGAGGAACCCAUGAAUAGCCACGCGGAUCUGGAAGUGGUUGCGAGCGAUGGAGUGCGGCUGUUGACGAGCUGUGAACUGCUAAGGAGUGCAAGCUCGUCAUUCCUCAUCAUGAAGCAGUGGCACGAAGUUGGCACUCUUUCAACCAUCCACUUCAAAGACCCCUUUAUCGAAUGCUCAGCCACCAUCACCCUCUUCCUCCACCUCAUCUCCUCGCGCACACUGCCAACACCAUCCACGGCGUCUUUCUGCCACUACGAAAAUCUGCUCCUGUUCUUGAAACGAUACAAGUGCCACCAUCAUCUUGCCGAAAAGCUUGCGCGGUGUGUGCAGGGGUGGAUGGAGGAUGGAUAUGUAACGGCGAGUAAAGCGUUCAGAGUGGGAAGUCUAGUUGGGGAUGAUCGGUUGUGCAAAGCAGCUGUGGAGGCGGGGAAUGAAUGGACAUGGGCCGGAGAAAGCCGCGCUUCACUAUCACCGCCAUCAGAGCAUUCCAAACGACACCACCAGCCACCGGGCCCAAACAUACACGACGACGGGAUUCCCGGCGCUCCCGCCCUCGAUAUCACCGCCAUGCCCUUCUCCUUUUUCAAGUCGCUGCCAGACGAGUACAAGUUUGCACUCAUGCGGGCGACACGGAAUGUGGCGGGGCCAAGCGUUGCAUUGGACAAGACAAAUUGGGAUGGGAUCGCUAGGGAAUUUGAGAAGGUGUUGGGGGAGGUGAAGAAGACUCGGAGAUCAUGA